CUCCUCUUUGACUUCCUCAACCCGCAUUCGUUAUUUGACAUCCGAUACAUUAUGGGAGCUGAGUACAUUGUCUUUGGCAGAGCCAUCCCCACCUACAAGCUGGCUCUUGCCACCUAUGCUGCUAUUGCUACUCCUAUUGCUGUCUCAAAGUUCACCAAGAAGGAUGCUGCAGCUGUCAAUGUCGUUCCUGCUUCUUCUCAGGAUGAAGAUGCCUUUAUCCAUGAGUUCCUCAAGGCUGCUGAAGAAGACCAUACUCACAACGUCUAAGUUUCUUUAGCAUGUUCCAUUUGAACCACAGCCAAACACUUGAAUAGAGAUUGUUUUAAUUGUUGCACUAAAAAGGCUUACCAAACCGAUGUCAGGGCGCCGUCGAUCUCAAACAGGAUAAAAUUGGCC